AUGGUAAUUUUGGGCCAGAAUAUUGUAUACCAUUGUCCUCAUAAAGAACAUUGGCCUUGGAAUAAACAUUCAAAGGGUCUUUCUGUAUAUAACAUUAUUUGCUUUAUUCAUAAUAUUCACAUUUUAUUGGAUUCGGAAUCUAUUAUACAUCUGGUAUAUCGAGUUUUCCUAAUUCACACUCAAAUCAAUUACGAGAAAUACUCUUUUGGUACAGUAGUUGCAUUUUGUCGUUCCAUACGUCCAAUGAAUUUCUUUCUAUUUAAGGCAAUCAACGCAAUUAUGUUUUAUUUUCUUAGAAUUUGUUAUAACUAUACAAUACAAUGGGCGAGGGUCACAUUAAAGGAUAUGUAUAGGGCCCAGUAUUAG